AUGGAUGGAGGAAAUCAUUCGCUGGUGUCUGAGUUUUUGUUGCUGGGACUUACCAGUUCUUGGGAGAUGCAGAUUCUUCUUUUUCUGUUUUUCACUAUGUUUUAUGUAGCAAGUAUGCUGGGAAACCUUCUCAUUGUAUUCACAAUAAUUUCAGACAAUCACUUACAUUCCCCCAUGUAUUUUUUGCUGGCAAAUCUCUCCUUCAUUGACACAGGUGUGUCCAGCACUGCAACUCCGAAAAUGAUUUAUGACCUUUUCCGAAAACGUAAGGUUAUCUCCUUGAAAGGCUGCAUUACUCAGAUGUUCUUCAUUCACACUAUUGGGGGUACAGAGAUGGUUCUUCUCAUAGUCAUGGCCUAUGACCGAUACAUUGCCAUCUGUAAACCCCUCCACUACCUGACUAUCAUGAGCCUGAGAAGCUGCAUUUUUCUUAUGGCAGUUGCUUGGACCAUUGGUCUCAUUCACUCUGUUGCCCAACUGGCUUUUGUUGUAAACUUACCCUUUUGUGGUCCCAACAAAAUGGACAGCUUUUAUUGUGAUUUUCCUCGGUUUAUCAAACUUGCAUGUGUAGACACAUAUAGACUAGAAUUUUUGGUCACUGCCAACAGUGGUUUUAUCUCUGUGGGCACAUUCUUCAUCUUAAUUGUGUCCUACAUCUUCAUUCUGGUCACUGUCCAUCAACAUUCUUCAGGGGGUUCAAACAAGGCCCUCUCAACUCUCUCAGCUCAUAUCACUGUGGUGGUCUUUUUCUUUGGUCCUUGCAUAAUUGUAUAUGUAUGGCCAUUUCCUACCUUACCUAUAGAUAAAUUUUUAGCUAUCUUUGAUGCCCUUAUCACUCCUUUUAUGAAUCCUAUCAUCUAUACAUUUAGAAAUAAGGAGAUGAAGGCGGCAAUGAGGAGACUGUUUAGUAAGGUUUUAAGUCUCAAGGAGAGGUCAGGAAAUACAAGUUCAUUUUGA